UGGCAACUGACCCUAUAUAAGCAGACGGCUGCUAGACCCAGUCUGGUACCAAUUAUUCAAAGUACACCACCGCGAGCAGACGGCCACACCCCGAACGUGCGAAACUCAACUUGUACUCUACGUCAACUUUAAGUACAGAAGGAAAUAUGGCUGACAAGUUUGACAUCGAUGAGCUGGCUAAGAUCAAGGGCGUGUUCAACCAGUUUGACUCGGACGGGAGCGGCGCCAUCAACAUCGGGGAGCUGGAGGCUACCCUGGCGGAGCUGGGAGAGCAUCCCUCCGAAGACACAGUCACGGCAAUAAUGGUAUCCUUGGACAAAGACCGCAGUGGAACCCUUUCCUUUGAGGAGUUUCUGGGAAUGGUGAAGCAGGUGAAGACAGUUCCGAGGGAAGAUGCGCUUCUCACAAUCUUCAAGACAUACGACAAGGACGGAAGUGGACAGCUUGGACCAGAAGAGCUGAAGGAAGCCAUGAAGGCCAGAGGGUGCGAGCUGUCCGACAGAACCAUCGACUAUCUGAUCAAAAAGGUGGACAAGGACGCAGACGGAAAACUGACUUACGAGGAGUUCGUCAAGCUGAUCCGGCCAAGGUCAUAA